ACGCGUUCCAUUCGGCCUUGCGCGUGGUGACAUCCGAAGAUCGAGAUUGAGAGAGAGAGAGAGAGAGAUAGAGAGAGAGAAAGAAGGGGGAAGACUGACAGAGAGAGAGUGAAAGAUUGCGGUACUAUAAGGGAGGUUUGGGGAAGGGAAGACAGACAGUGAUUCUAUGCGAGGGACUUCGAAGCCAUUUCCAAACUUCAGAAGUUGUUCUUCCCGAGUUCUUAAGUCUUCGUCCUACCUAAAGACGCUUUUUGAUUUUUGGUUGUUACCUUCCGCUGGAUGGUGAUUUCCCGAGGCCACCUUUUGAUUAUCUCGCGAGUUUGAUUGGAGAAGAUUGACUCACACCAGCCAACUUUGUCAUAAGCUUUAGGCUCUCAGAAGAACUCUGUUCGAAGAAAGAGGUCAUGUCACCAUUUGGCCAAGGGAGUGUUGAUUGACAGCCCCACUUAUACACGACGAUCGAACUCCCUAUGACGACGACGAUGAUAACUACAACGAAGAAGGAACAGCAUCACCCUAGGCCGAGAGCAUCGUCGUCCUCAUCUCGCGUGGGUUACGGGAGUCAAUGAACACUCCCCCCGGCAGCAGCAGCAGCAUCCUGCCGUGAUGAGGAUGAAGAACUAGCUCCCGGGAAAUCGCCCGUAUCGUCAUAUCCUCCCGAAAAUCGUCUUAUCCUCCCAGGAAAUCGCCCGUAUUGUCAUAUCCUCCCGAAAAUCGUCUUAUCCUCCCGGGAAAUCGCCCAUAUUGUCAUAUCCUCCCGAAAAUCGUCGUCUCCUCCUGGAAAAUCGCCCGUAUUGUCAUAUCCUCCCGAAAAUCGUCGUAUCCUCUCGGAAAAUCGCCCGUAUUGUCAUAUCCUCCCGAAAAUCGUCGUAUCCUCUCGGAAAAUCGCCCGUAUUGCCAUAUCCUCCUGAUGAAUCUCUGGUUGCUGUGAUCGGAUUCAGUUUUGAUUUACUACCUUUUUCUUUCUAUAAGAAGAUGAAGGCCUAGAUACAUUUCUAAUGAUUAAUUUUUCUUAAGAAGAUGAAGGAUUAGAUCAAUUGAUUAUAUCUUUAAAGAAGAUGAAGAAUUAGAUACAUUUUUUAUUAUUAAGUUUUCUAAGAAUAUGAAGAAUUAGUUACAUUUUCAGUUAUUACUUCGUUUAAAAGAUGAGGAUGAAAAAUCGGGAUUUGCUAUUGCUUUAGUAUGACAGACUUCUGUCAUUUUUGAUGUAUAGCUUUUGAUACUUGAACUGUGAGAUGUCGAUUCUAAGUUUCUAUGUGGCGUGUCUGUGCAGUGAAAGCAAUGUCCUUUCACAAAAGUGAGAGUUACUGAAAGUUACUGAGGCAUAAAAGGAUAGUGUUUUUGCGAGUGUCUUUUUUCCAAAACAACGAAUGGAAUCAGUAGAUUCUAAUUAAACAGUAAUGGAAAAUCUCGUCUUCUUAGCAAGCCAAAAAGAUUCCAAACCUAGGAUAUCCACCACCUAAACUAGUGACAGUAUAAAACUUUCAGACGAGACCCAUUUUUGUUUGAUAAUUCAUAAACAUGACAUCCCUCAAGCGCCUGGCAUCUUCUAUUCGUCAGAUUAAUUUAAGGAAUCAGUAGUUAUUUUUGAUACGUUGUCCUGAAUGUCCGAUACUGAAAUCAUCGAAAUCAUCUAAGCGCAGCUCUUGAUGUAUCAUGGAUCCUGCUACACCAUAGACGCCCAUGGAUAACAUCUCCUUCUCCUCCGACCCUGGGCUGUGCCCCGGCUCUCUGUGCCCUCUGAAACCCAACGGUUUCAAGACCCUGGGAGUGCCCCUCGACGGCGGGGUCAACAUGGUGGGCGAGGAAGUGAACCCGUUCACCAAUCAGCUGGAAACGAUGUUGAUGGGGUCCGUCUACCCGAGCCACCCCAACCAGUCCCUCCGCUGGCCGGAGAUCAUCACGAUCCUGCAGGAGACCAACCAGAGGAGCUACCUGGGCACCGCCGCCAAGGUCUCCCUCAUCAGCGUCUACGCCCUCCUCAUCACGGUGGGCAUUCUGGGCAACCUGAUCGUGGCCUUCGUCAUAGGGCAUCGGCCCGAGCUGAGGACGGCGCGGAACGUCUACAUCAUCAACCUGACGGUGUCCGACGUGAGUAUGUGCCUGGUGUGCAUGCCCUUCACGAUGGUCAGCCUCCUGCACAAGAACUGGGCCAUGGGCAACUUCAUCUGCAAGCUGGUGCCCGUCCUCCAGUGCACCAACAUCCUGGUCUCGACGGCCACUAUCGUCGCCAUCGCCGCCGACCGCUACCUGACGAUCGUCUGCGUCCAGCGGAACAAGAACGCCCGAGUCUACGUGCCCUGGUCGGUGGCGGCCAUCUGGCUGGUCUCGCUGGUCUUCCCGCUGCCCCUCUUCGCCUACUACUUCGUGGAGGACGUGACCUUCAAGGACUACCUCCUGUACCGGCGCUGCGUCGAGAAGUGGUCGUCGCCGGUCGUCAAAUACGCCUGGAACAUCACGCUCAUCGUGAUCCAGUACAUCAUCCCGAUCCUGGUGCUGAGUUUCGUCCACGGCCGCAUCCAGAACUACCUCAGCAGCCACCAGAUGUCGCAGCGCGACGCCCGAAGGGCGCAGCGGGAGAUCGAGAGGAACCGGAGAACAACGAUCCUCCUGACGUCCAUCGCGGCGGCCUUCGCCGUCUGCUGGCUGCCCUGGCAUGUAGUCAACCUCCUGGCGGACUUCAACUACGUGGCCUUCUUCCAGGAGCCAGAGUAUUUCUACGUCGUCUUCGGCUCCUGCCACGCCAUCGCCAUGAGCUCGGCCUGCAUCAAUCCCGUCCUGUACGGCUGGCUCAACACCAACCUGAGGGAGGAGCUCAUGCAGGUCAUCCCGAAGUUACUCAGGAAGACGUGGUGCCCUCUCCGAGGGCGGAGUACCGAGGGCGGGACCACCAUGGGGCGGACGGUGGUGGAGAGCGUCUCCCUGCUCGUCUACAGACCCCGGAACGACGGCCUUAACGACUCGCCGGAGGAUCCGAGUCCCAAGGAAGUCGUGUCGCAGGAGAAAAACUCAAACAACCCCAAAAGUAAAAGCAGAUUGGCGAAGGUGGAUUCGAACUCCGUCGAAGUUUCCAAACAGGAGGGCAGUUAACAGGCCGACGAAUGGCAGAAGGAAAACCCAGCGAGAGAAACGCCAACAUCUGUGUUGACGAAACCGCACAAACUCGACUUUAAGAUACAACCCCACAAUUUUCGCCGCAAGAAAGUGUGGCACUGUGAAGACACUCGGGCGGGAAACAUGGCUACGCUUAGAACGCCUUCCGUUGGGAUAAAUCACUGAUGUUAGCAUACGCGCAUAAAGGCAUUCCACGCGUUUUCACUCAUCAUUUCUCUUUUUAAAACUGAGCCCAUUUAUUCUAUGAAUAUUAAUUUGGUCGUGAUUAUUUUCAAAUGAGUUAAAAAAACCACGCGUGGACAAGAACAAUAAUGUUCCUUUGCCUUUGGCCUAGGCCGCGCCAAAGUCAAUGUUGCGCAUGCGCAAUGCGUACAGCCUCCGCUCGAUGAUGUCUUCACGAAAUUUAAUAUGCUUAUAUUUAUGUCCUGCAUGUUCGUUGGGUACGCAGAAAUAAAAACAGCAUCGUUGUGCAGCACAGUUACUAUUCAGAAAUUAUUUUAUAUCCAGAUAAUGUUAUACGAAUGUAUGAAUUAUAGGUAUAUAUAUAAAUAUAUAUAUAUUGUUGCUUGUAACAUACGCUACAAAUUACCUUAUUUGGCUUCUAUGAAACGACUCUGUA